AUGGCACCUGCACUCCUAGAAACAACAGAUAUCGCAGUGAAUGGGAAGAACGGGGUGGACGAAGACAAGAAGGUAGGUUACUGGGCGAAUUACCUGGCAUCGCUUGAGCCAUGUCAGUUUCCCACCCGGAACGAUGGCCUGGACGGAGAGAGCAGACUUAAGCAAUUGCCCUUCACGGUAAGAGAGGGAGCGUUGAAGCUGCAGGGACACUGCAAGGUACAUGACGUAUCCUUGGCCAACGUGUUCCAACUGGCUUGGGCGAUGGUUCUUCGGUGCUAUACGCGAACGGAUUCAGUGUCCUUUGGAUAUGAGAUUGGUGGUAAUCCGGGAGAACUGCAUGGGGGAACUGUGCUGCCCCUGUCAGCCAAGCUAGGAGGAGAACGAUUGACUAUCGCUGAAGCUUUGAAAUACAUCGCGGCGGAUUAUAGCCUGGGAGUAAAGCACAGUAAUACAUGGACUGCCGAUUUAGAAGCGGCGGCGGCGUCUACCUUUCACACGAAAGUGGUGGUUCAUACCGGUCCUCUUCCUGAAGAUAGACCGGAUGAGCAGCAGUUUGAUAAAAGCGCAAUUACCCUGCAAGUCACCAAUGUUGGUACCGAAAUAUUCGCCAACUUCCAGUUCUGGACUGCCGUUCUUUCCGAAGGCCAGGCAGCCAAUGUCGUCGACACUCUGCAGAGAGCAAUCUUCUGCAUCCUUCACCAUCCGCAAGAGCCGAUCGCCGAGCAGGAUCUUUUCAGCGAGCAGCACAGAGAGAAAGUGCUGCGGUGGCACAGUACUCGCCCCGAGUAUGUCGCAUCUUGCAUGCAUGACCUGGUGUCGAAGCAAGUCGGCAGACGCCAUAGCGCGACGGCAGUGCACGCGUGGGACGGAGAACUCACCUACCAGCAACUAGAGGACUUGUCGUCCAGCUUGGCUCACUACCUUGCCUCUCUGGGCGCUGGACCGGAGGUCCUGGUGCCCGUUCUGUUCGAGAAAUCCAUGUGGGUGCCGGUUGUUUUGCUUGGAGUCUGGAAAUCCGGUGCCGCGAUUGUGCCUCUGGAACCCAGCAGUCCUGUCUCCCGGUUGAGAGAUAUCCUGGUAGAAGCAAAGGCGACGAUCCUGGUUACAUCUCCGACGCACAUGGAGAAAUUGCCGCAUUCUGUAGACAAUCUCGUCGUUGUCGAUGAAGGGUUUGUUAGGAGCUUACCGGAGCAUAGCGAUGCGCCGGUAUCGUCUGUCGUUCCCCAGAGUACUGCGUUUGUAUCGUUUACUUCCGGAUCUACUGGAAGACCCAAGGGUAUCUGUGUCCAACACGCUGCGUUUGCGUCUGCGCUGAGAAGGCUGCAAGGUGCAUGCCCUGUUACCGAGCUCACCCGGUCGCUUCAGUUCGCAUCGUAUAGUUUCUCGCCUUCCCUGUACGAGAUCUUCAUGCCCCUUAUUGCGGGUGGUGCAGUGUGCAUUCCGUCAGAGGAUGCCCGGCGGAAUAACCUCGUCGGAUGCUUGAACGAGAUGCGCAUUACGUGGGCUGUUUUCACGCCGUCCUUACUAAAAGAGAUGAACCCAGACCACAUCCGGUACCUAGAAUCCAUGGUGUUAAUGGGUGAGCCUCUGUCGAGAUUCGAGGCGGCACCGUGGGUAGAGAAGGUCAGGCUCGUGUUUUGCUAUGCAUCCAGUGAAAACGGCCUGAUUGCCUUCAACGACCAGAUGGGACAGACAUCCGACGUGAGGAACGUAGGACAUAGCGACGUCGGCUGGAUUGUCGACCCGGGAAACCAUGACCAACUGGUUCCCAUCGGCGUGGUUGGUGAGCUGCUGGUGCAUUCCCCGGCCACCGCGCGAGGCUACUUAGAUGACCCCGAAAGGACUGCGGCCGUGUUUGUCGACGAGCCUGCCUGGUUCCCGUUGCAGGCUCAGCUGAAAGGCGCCCGAUUCUGUAAGACGGGGGACCUGAUGGUGUACAACUCGGACGGCAGUCUGACCUUCGUUGGCCGCAAGGACUUCAUGAUCAAAGUGCGUGGACAGCGAGUUGAGAUGGGCGAGGUCGAACGACAUCUCGCACACCCCAGGAUUCAGCAAUCGGUUGUCCUGUUUCCCGACUCUGGUCCCUGCAAGCGACGCUUGGUCGCGGCCGUCUCGCUUCAAGAUCUACCGCUGUCCGAGGCCAAGUCGCAACGGACCCCGCUAGCGCUGCUAGAGCCGUUGGACAUGAAGGCAAGUGCGGAAUGGGUGGAAGAGAUGCGAGUGCAGAUGUCCAGACAUCUGCCCAGCUACAUGAUCCCGGAAAUCUGGGUCCUGCUGGAAAGCCUGCCGCUCACCGUGUCGGGCAAGGCCGAUCGCCAGAAGACGGUGAAGUGGCUCGAGGCCAUGGACGACGAGACGUACGCGUAUAUCACGGCGUUAGGGGAGGACGAAGACGAAGACGUGGACGAGCAGGAGACACCCAUGGAACGAAUAUUGAGGCAGAUCUGGGGCCAGGUUCUAGGUCGAGCCAGAGUGCCCCGGAAUCGAUCCUUUCUCGGCCUGGGAGGUGACUCCAUUUCCGGCAUGUCGGUCCUGUCACAGUGUCGGCUGGCGGGCAUCAAACUGACCUUCCAGGAUAUCAUUCGAUCUCGCAAUGUCUCCGAGCUGGCAGAGAAGGCGACUGCGUCGCUGGAAGAGAAGGGCUCGGUGGACGGUGAAGUCGCGGACGUCGAGCUGACGGCCGAGCAACUCGCGGCUUUCAAAGACGGGCUGUUGGAGGCUGGAGUGACGAAUCUCUCGCACGUCGAAGAGAUAUACCCGUGUUCGCCUGUGCAAGACGGGAUCCUUCUCAGCCAGGGGCGAAGUUCGAGUCACUACCGGAUGUAUGUGAUGUGGGAAAUCAUCGCUCCUCCUCACCGUGAGACUGUGAGCGUCGAGCGUCUGACGAGCGCUUGGAGAGAAGUCGUCGACCGGCAUCCGAUCCUGCGAACUCGAUUUGUUCGAAGCCCGUCACAGGAAACACAGUUGGCCCAGGCCGUCCUCAAGUCUUCCGAUGUGCCUGUUGUGCACCAGCAUAGCAACGAGCCGACUUAUCCCCAGGGUCUCGGGGAUGGCUCGUCCCUCGCAGAAAGCGGACGACUGCACCAGUUGACAGUCAUAACGGGCAAUUCGGAACGGGUCUUUUGUAAACUGGAAAUGAACCACGCGAUCGUGGAUGCCUUGUCGUUUCCCAUAAUGCUGCGGGACUUAGGGCUUGCAUACGCCGGAGAGCUGAUGCUCCAACCUGCAGCACCGCGCUACAGCACGUACAUCUCCCACAUCACCAAUGGCUCGCUGGACAGGAGCAUUGCCUUCUGGAAAAACUACUUGGCUGACGCUACGCCGUGCCAUCUGCCCUUUCUCGGAGGGAUCGAGGGUGAGACUGCAGCGCGGAUGGCGAGUAUGGAAUUGGAUGCCGGACUCCCUGCUGCAACCCUGCAUGCCUUUUGCCGCAGCCACGGCGUAACCCUGUCAAAUAUCUUCCAGCUGGCGUGGGCCAUGGUUCUCCGCGCGUAUACCGGGACAGACGACGUAUGCUUCGGAUACCUCACGAGCGGACGAGAUGCCCCGGUGGAAGGCAUCGUGGAGCACGCUGUUGGCCCGUACAUCAACAUGCUCGUCUGCCAUCUCAACCUGCGUGACGACGCAGACGUGCGUGAAUUGGUCUUCCAGAUCCAGUCUGACUUCCUGGACGGCCUUCCGCACCAGAACUGCUCUCUGGCCAACAUCCAGCACGCCCUGAGCUUGUCCGGCCAGGCACUGUUCAACACGGCCAUGUCCGUAUCUCGAGUGGUGCCAGACAAGAUCACGAUGACCGACGGGACCAGCUUUUGCAUUUCCGAGAUGUACGACCCGACUGAGUACCAAGCAUCGGUAAACGUAGGCAUCUCCACGGACAAGGUCGACGUCCGCUUCAACUACUGGCGUUCCUGGAUCGGCGACAGGCAAGCGAAGAAUAUCGCGAGCACAUUCACCAGGGUUCUCCGGUCCAUCGUCCAAGGGCCACCGGGCCAGAAAGUCGGCGAUGUGGACCUUCUGAGCGAGGAAAGUAUGGAUCAGAUCUCGAGAUGGAACUCGGUCAACCCGGAACUCGUUGACGAGUGCAUCCAUCAUCUCAUCACGCAGCAGGCUCGCAGGCAACCGCACCAUCCGGCAAUUGAGUCCUGGGACGGAAGCCUCAGCUAUGGGGUGCUCGAUGAUCUCUCAUCCAGAUUCGCCCACUAUCUGGUGAGCCUGAACGUUGGAAUCGGACCCGAAGCGAUGGUUCCUCUCUGCUUCGAGAAGUCGAUCUGGACCGCAGUAGCGAUCCUCGGAGUUCUGAAAGCUGGAGCCGUAUGCUGCAUGCUGGACCCGUCCCAUCCGGUCGGUCGACUGCGAAGCAUCCUUGAGAAUAUCAAGGCCCGCGUGGUGUUGACAGAUGGCGUACGCGGGCUCGACAUGCAGCUCCUCUCCGACAUGUGCACGGUGUCGGUCAUCGUCAAUGCUGGGUUCAUCAACGGCUUGCCGAAGAAGGAUGGACCUGCCAAUACAUCUGUCCGGCCUGAUAACGCGGCCUUUGUGGUCUUUACUUCGGGAUCCACGGGAACCCCCAAAGGCAUCGUGCUCGAGCAUAAAGCAGUUGCUUCCAGCUCAAGAGCCCAUGGAACGGCCAUGAAGCUCAACAGCGACGCCAGAGUGCUGCAAUUCGCUUCGUAUGUCUUCGACGUGGCCAUUCAGGACCACUGCACGACUCUGAUGCGCGGCGGUACCAUCGUGAAGCCCUCGGAGUACGAACGCAUGAAUGAUCUCCCCGGGGCCAUCAAACGCUUGAAGGCGAACUGGGCCAACCUGACGCCCACCGUGGCCAGUCUGCUGCGUCCGGACGAUGUGGACGGACUGAACGUGCUGGCUCUUGGUGGCGAGCGCAUCCGCCAGGAGACGGUGGACUCGCUGUCCAACAGCACCAACCUGACCUUGAUCUACGGACCGGCCGAGUGCUCAAUGACUAUGUCUGCAAACUUCGGAGUGCGGCCUCAUUCAAGCUCCGCCAACUUUGGCUUCGCGUGCGGGUCAUUCAUGUGGCUGACCGAGAUCAACAACCACGAUCGACUGGCCCCUGUGGGCGCCGUAGCCGAAGUCGUCAUCGAGGGGCCAAUCCUGGCGAGGUGCUAUCUUAACCAGCCGGACCUUACGGCCCAGGCGUUUAUUGAAAACCCGGUGUUCACCGUCGGCCAGACGGUUGGCGCUGCCCCCCGGCGGAUGUACAAAACGGGGGAUCUGGCGAGGUACAACGCCGACGGGUCGGUCAGCUUCGUGAGACGGAAAAACAUCCAGUCCCAGGUGAAGUUGCGAGGGCAGAGAAUCGAACUGGGGGAGAUCGACUUCCACCUCUGGGGCAAUGAAUGGGUUAAGCAUGGCGUUGCGUUUAUGCCCGCAUCGGGUCCGUUCCAGGGCAAGCUGCUCGCCGUGGUCUCCCUGCAAUCCAUCGCUGCAACCGGUGACAACGACGAGAUACGCAUAGUGAGCGACGAGCACCGCGAAGAGGUCGCCAUUCUCAUGUCCCAGGUGCGCGGGCACUUGGCGAACCACCUGCCGCCGUACAUGAUGCCGGAGGUCUGGGUGGUCCUCGAGCACUUCCCGCUGAACACCUCCGGCAAGAUGGACCGCAAAAGAGUAAUCGCAUGGGUGGAAGGGGAGCUCUCCGACGACAUGGUGCGUGGGAUCUACAGCGCAGCGGACGAUAGCGAUCCUGCCCAGCAGCUGGCGACGGGAAUCGAGAAGAAGCUGCAGGCAGUAUGGAGCAAGGUGCUCAACAAGCCCAUCGAGAAGGUCGCCAUUAACCAGUCCUUUGCCAGCCUUGGAGGCGACAGCAUCACUGCCAUGCAGGUUGUGUCGGCGUGCCGCGCAACCGAAAACAUCGUCGUAACGGUCCACGAUGUGCUUCGGUGCAAGAGCAUUUCCCAGCUGGCGUUCAACGCUCGCUCCGCCGAGAAGUCCACGAUCUCGACUAACGAAGAGGUGGACGUGGAAUUCGGCCUUGCACCCAUCCAGCAAAUGCAUUUCGAGCUCGCGGAGAAUGGCUGCAACCACUACAACCAGAGCUUUGUGGUCUCCGCGGCCAGGGAGAUAUCCCUGGUGGACUUGAAGAAGAGCGUCGACGCGAUUGUGCGCCAACACUCGAUGCUCCGCGCCCGGUUCAGCCGGUCUGCAGAUGGGGGAACCUGGAUGCAGCGCGUCACCAUGCUUGUUGAGGAGUCCUAUCGCCUGAAAUCGCACGAUAUCUCGAGCCUCGACGAGGUGCGCCCGCUGAUGCUGCAAAGCCAGAAGAGUCUCGACUUCCAGGAAGGCCCUCUGCUGUCUGUAGACCUGAUCAAGGCCGAUGGCAAGCAAUAUCUGUUUUUCGUGGCGCACCAUCUGGUGAUCGACUUCGUGUCGUGGAGAGUCAUCCUGCAGGAUCUCGAGCAGCUGUUGGAAUCGGGAAGCUUGCAGUAUGACGAGAAGCCAUUUCCCUUCCAAACCUGGUGUCGUCUGCAGGACGAAUACAGCCACAGGUACCUGGCACCGCACAAGCUCAUCUCCAGUGCGGUUCAGCCCACCGACUACGCUUUCUGGGGCAUGGAAGGCGUGCCCAACCUCUUCGGCGAUGUGGUGCAUGAACGGUUUGUUCUCGAUCAGCCGACCACCAGCGCCCUGAUGGCAGGAUGCCACGAGGCCCUGCGGACCGAGCCCUUGGACGUCAUGAUUGCUGCGUUAUGCCAUUCCUUCACCCAGACAUUCGGCAGACAGACGCCAUCGGUCUUCAUUGAGAGCCAUGGCCGCGAGCCCUGGGAGCCGGCCAUCGAUGUGUCCCGGACGGUUGGCUGGUUUACCACGAUGUAUCCCAUCACGCCGGAAAGGACCGAAAGCAUCGUCGAGGCUGUUCGACAGGUGAAAGACCUGCGGCGGAAGACCCCGAACCAUGGCUGGUCCUACCUUAAUUCUCGCUACCUCAACGACGAGGGGGCAAAGGUCUUUGGGGACCAUGCGAUGCCGGAAAUAUUGUUCAAUUACCUGGGCGUACUGCAGCAGCUGGAACGCCAGGAUGGGCUGCUACACGCCGCCGAGCUGAACCAGGGCGAGUACAUCGACAUUGGCGCGGAAAUGCCACGCAGCGCCCUGUUCGACGUCGCAGCCAAGGUUGAGUACGGCCGGUUGCAUUUCCAUGUGUUCUUCAACGGGAAGAUGAGGAAUGUCCAGCGGAUCAAGCAGUGGAUCCAGGCAUUCGAGGAAGCCCUGGAAGACGCCGCCCGGCAGCUGAUUCUCUUGAAACGGGAGUACACUGUCGGCGACUUCCCCCUUAUGGACUUCACCUACGACGAGCUCCAGCAGUUCGUUGCCCAGAAGCUCCCGCAGGUUGGCGCCACGAGCCUCGCCAUGGUCGAGGAUGUGUAUCCCUGCUCGCCGAUGCAAAAUGGGAUUCUGCUCAGCCAAUCGCAAACGGAGGAAAACUACCAGUCAUUCUUUAUAUGGGAGCUGGAAAAGUCGGACGGGCAGCGGUUCGUGGAAGACGAUACCGUACGGCUCCAAAGCGCAUGGCAGGACGUCGUCAACCGGCAUCCAUCGCUCCGGACCCGCUUCAUCGAAAGUCUGUCGGGGGAGUCUGCGUUUCACCAAGUCGUGCUGAAAAGCGAGACGGUGGAGAUCCUUCGUCUGGGAUGCAAUCGCUCACAAGAUCCCAUUGAAGCCCUAAAGCAGCAUCACCAACGUUUCCGAUACCAGGCGGGCCAGCUGCAUCACUUGUCUGUCUGUACCGGAGACGACGGACGCGCUGUUUGCAAACUCGAAAUCAGCCAUGCCAUUGUCGAUGGCAUCUCCAUUGCCGUGCUGGUGCGAGAUCUUGAAGCGGCGUAUAGCCAUACCCUCAGCGGAGGACCUGGUCCGCUCUACAGCAGUUAUAUAGCGUACCUCAACGGCGUGCAGCGAUCCAAGCAAAGCGAUUCGCACUGGAGGCGCUAUCUCUCAGAAAUAGAGCCCUGCUAUUUCCCGGCAUUCCAAGGGCCGAAGCGAGGAAACCAGCGAGGAGAGCUGGGCGUUGAGUAUGUCCAACUGUCCCGGUCCGCAGCCAAGUUGCGGAAAUUCUGCUCGGAGACAGGAAUCACCGUCUCGAAUGUGAUCCAGCUCGUCUGGGGGAUUGUGCUGCGAGGCUACACGGGACAGAACGAUGUAUCGUUUGGAUAUCUAACCUCUGGCCGCGAUGCCCCGGUUCCUGGAAUCCAGGAUGCUAUCGGAGCCUUCAUCAAUAUGCUCAUUUGCCGAUUGCAUUUCCAGGGAACGGAAACCGUGAUGGCCAUGAUGGAGAAAGUGCAGGAUGAUUUCCUGGCCAAUCUGCCGCACCAGCAUACCUCGCUGGCGGAGAUCCAGCACUCGCUACCCCUGGGAGGGAAGCCUCUGUUCAACACCUCGCUCUCGGUGCAAAGAGUCGCUGCUCCUGCGGUCGAGGGACGGCAGCUGAAGAUGGCGAGACUGGAAGCGUACGACCCAACAGAGUACGAUGUCACGGUCAAUGUCGAGGCCUCCGAUGACGACGUGCAGAUGAUUAUUUCUUACUGGAACGCCCAGAUGUCGCAGAAGCAGGCUCUUCAAGUCGCGAAUCUCUUCAGCCACACUCUGGAAGUUGUCCUCGACAACCCCUCGGGAACCGUCAACGACCUGCAUCUUCUCAGCAAGGCCGAUCGAGAUCAAAUCAGCAAGUGGAACCAUACAGACGCGGCGCCUGAAGUGAGGUCCAUUGAAGAUCGAAUCAGGCAGCAUGCGGUCGAGCAGCCAAGUUCAGUUGCCAUUAGCACCCCCGAUAUCAGCCUCAGCUACGCUUCGCUCGAUGGCUAUUCAUCUCUCCUGGCGCAGUAUCUGACCGGCCGCGGAGUCGGAGGAGGAACUGCUGUUUCUAUCGCCAUGAAGAAGUCAGCAUGGGCUGCUGUGGCAAUGCUGGCUGUCUUGCGCGCCGGCGCGACUUUCUUCUUCGAGGCCAAUGGCCGCCAGCCCCAGUCGGCGAAGGUGAGGUUGACAUCUCGGAGACACCCAGCAUCGGUCACUGAACAGGGUAGUCCAUCCAUUGUGGUCGAUCAAGUUUUCUUGGACAGCCUGGCGACUGAGAAGCCGAAGUCAAUCCCUGGAGCCGACUGGGACAGCAUCGCGUUUAUUAUUGACAGCGUACCCUUGGACCGUCGAGCCUUCUACACCAGUAUAUCCCAGGUCGGCCGGUCAUUGGGAAUGAAUGCAGAAACCCGCGCUCUGCAGUUUGCUCCUUACUCGUCGAAUAUCUCGAUGACCGAGACCUUUGCUACUCUGAGCCACGGAGGCUGUCUUGUCGUUCCCACGGAGGACGAGCAUUCAAUUGAUAUCGGCUCGUUCAUCGCGCGCAAUGAAGUCAACUGGGCCUGUCUCUCCCCGUCUGUUGCGCGCUUGAUCGGCCCUGAUGAUGUACCGUCGCUGAAGACGCUUCUGCUGGCUGGAGGAACGCCCGGAGGGGACAAUGCUACCGCGUGGUCCCUUACACUGGACCUCUUCAGCGGAUACUGGGUGAAGCAAGCUUGUGGGUUCCCGAUCAUCAACCGAAUCACCCCCGGAGGCGCGUUUCCCACAGCAAUCGGUCGUCCAGCCGGGGGCCAUUGCUGGAUCGCAAGUCCCUGGGAUGAGAAACAGCUGGUGCCCGUUGGUUGCGUGGGAGACUUGAUCAUCGAGAACGCUUCCCUUGCCCGAGACACUGCCGAUGAGUCUCCUGCCAUCAAGAACAUGGCACUCUCACCGUCGAUCCUGAGAACCGGCGAUCUCGUCCGGUAUGCCAUCGACGGAACGGUAGAGCUUGUUCGCCGGAGCGGUGAUUUGUACCGGGUGGAUGGCCAUCAGUUCCAGCUCGACAAGAUUGAGAGCCAGAUUCGGUCGUUUGACUCUAUUCGCGACGCUGCUGCAUCAGUGCCUCAAGCCGGAGUCUGCGCUGGACAGUUGACAGCGAUGGUUACGCUGGCUGCGGUCAAGACGCCAGCCAUGCUUGGAGCAUUGCCCAAGAGACUGGACAUGACCGGGAAGAGGGAACUUGCGAUCAAGACGGAAAUCACUCGGAUCAGAGAAGACAUGCUUAAGCACCUCCCCUUGUAUAUGAUCCCGACUGUGUGGGCCGUGGUUGACUCUCUUCCCCUUGAUGCAUCCGGCAUCGUGGAUCGUGUGCACGCUGUGAAGUUCUUCGAAGAGAUGGACGAGGCUGAGCAUCAAAGGAUCACAAAAGAAGCCGUGGAUACGUCUGCAGCACCCGGAAGCUCCGUGGAAUACCAGAUCCGAGAAAUUUGGAGUUGCGUCUUGAACCAGCCCGUGGAUCAAGUCGGAGCCUCCCGGUCUUUCUUGAGUUUGGGCGGCGACAGUAUCACGGCCAUGCAGGUCGUUUCCCAGUGCCGUGGAGAAGGGAUCCAGGUUACGGUUAAGGAUGUCCUCCGUUGCAGGAGUCUUGCUGAUCUUGCGUCUCGGGCUGAGCGUGCAGGGCACGUCCCGGUUACCAGGUGUGAUGAAGACAGCAAUACGCCGUUUGGACUGAGUCCAAUCCAACAGACGUAUUUUGAGCUCGUCCCCGAAGGCCAGAACCAUUAUAACCAGUCCUUCCUGGGCCGCUUCACCCGCCGGAAGGUCUCUUUGGAGGAGCUGAGACACGCAGUCGAAGCGUUGGUCAUGCAACAUCCGAUGCUGCGAGCUCGUUUCCGCAAGACAGAUGCUGGAUGGAUGCAGACCAUUACGAAAGAGGCUGCUCAUUCUUACCAUCUGAAUAGUCAUCGAGCCACCACGAGGGCUGAGACGAAGGAAGUGACAUCGAGAACCCAGAAGUCCCUUGAUAUCCAGAAGGGACCGAUUCUGGCGGUUGACCUAUUCGAUAUCUCGGCAGGGGAAGAACAGGCCCUCUUUAUUGUCAUUCACCACCUUGUGGUUGACAUUGUUUCCUGGCGUGUGAUACUGCAUGACCUGGAGGCUCUCCUAGCGAAGGAGACACUCCCAACAGGCUCUUCGGUGUCGUUCCAGACGUGGUCUCGACUCAAAGACGAGCAUCUCCAGAGCAUCUCUCCCGAGGAUGCCCUGCCAACAGCAAUUCCCACGGCCGACUACGCCUACUGGGAAAUGGAAAACGUCCCCAACACUAUCGGUGAGGCUUCUCAUGGGUCAUUCACCUUGGGCCAGGAGGAUACGACAGCGCUGCUUGGUACCAAGGGCUCGAGUGCCCUGCGAGUCCAGCCCAUCGAUAUAAUUCUGGGAGCAGUUGCACACUCAUUCGCAGCUACAUUCAGUGAUAGACCCCUGCCUGCUAUUUUCAAUGAAGGCCACGGACGUGAACCGUGGGAUGACCACAUUGAUCUAUGGGACACUGUAGGGUGGUUCACCACACUGUGUCCUCUUUCCAUCAGCAACAGCCGGGAACAGUCCGUUAUCGAUGCCAUCAGAGGCUUCCGGGACGUUCGACGACUGAUUCCGGGAAAUGGCCGGCCAUACUUUGACUGUCGAUACUUGAGCCGGUUGGGCAGACAGGCCUUCCAGCACCAUGCCAGAGCAGAGAUCAUGCUCAACUAUACCGGGCCUUAUCAGCACCCCCAAAGUGAAAAUGCUCUCUUGGAACGAAUCGAACUGGACGAGAUGAGUUUUGCUGCGGAUGUAGCAAGGGAGAUGCCCCGUGGCUCCUUGAUUGAUAUCCUGGUCAAAGGCGAACCGGACGGCAUGCGGUUCCAUUUCUUCUACAGCCAGCGAAUGCGCCACCAGGAUCGAAUCAAGGAGUGGAUUGGAAACUGCCGGGAAUCGAUCAGCACUGCACUCAACGCGUUGGAUACGAUGGCCUUUGAUUACGCCCCGACUGAUUUCCCUCUGCUCUCAAUGGCAGCACCCGAGCUGGACCAACUGCUCAAGGUCCAGCUUCCGACAAUGGAGGUUUUCAGCCCCGGUCCGCUCACGGCGCAGAUAGAGGCCAUCUUCCCAUGCUCGCCGAUCCAGCAAGGCAUGCUCUUCAGCCAACUGCGAGCAUCCGGCCGCUACGAGACGUUCAGUGUCUGGGAGGCCACGACAACAGGCGCAUCGACGGUGAGCACCGAGAGACUCCACCGAGCAUGGGAAGAAGUCGUGCAACGGCAUGCAGCACUGAGGACCGUAUUUGUAGAAGGCCAAGACGGAGCGUACAUUCAGGCGGUGCUCACAGCCGUUGCACCGGCCGUGGAAAUGGUCCAAACCGACCUGGCAGAUGCAGACGAGAUCAAAGCAAUGCUCGUAAACAAGGAGGGGAUCUCCUUCCACCCACAUCGUCUCUCCCAUAGGUUGACGAUCUGCAAAGCACCGAGCCAGCGAGUCUUCUGCAAGCUGGAGCUGAACCAUAUCCUCAUCGAUGGGUCUUCGGUUGCUGUUCUGGCAAACGACUUACGACGGGCCUAUGACAAUGUGCUUGACACGAUGUCCCGGCCGCUGUAUAGCGAUUACAUCGCAUAUAUUCAGCAGCAAAACCCGGAGGAGAGCCUUGGUUUCUGGAUAAAACAACUAGCUGGCGUCCAUCCUUGCCAUUUCCCACGCCUGAGUGACGCUUCUGAGACCGGUGCAGGAUCCGCCCCUCCAAAGCUGUUAUCCAGAGAGGUUGUCCUUGACAGCACGCCGGAAGACAUUGCAGCCUUUUGCUCUCGGACCGGAAUCACGAUUGCAAACGUAUUCCGGGUUGCUUGGGGCCUGGUCCUGCGGGCCUACACUGGUUCUGAUAAUGUCUGUUUUGGAUACCUCACCUCGGGACGCGAUGCUCCCAUUAGCGAUAUUGCAGAGAUCGUUGGCCCCCUGAUAAACAUGCUCGUUUGCUCUCUGGAUAUGACUGGGCUGGGUGCCGGUGGCUCGAUUGAGAGCCUGCUGCAUCGAGUGCAGCAGGACUUCCUGAACAGUCUGCCGCAUCAGCAUUGCUCACUGGCACAGAUCCAGCAUGCUCUCCCUGGCAUCUCCGCAGAUCUCUUUAACACAAUCCUGUCUCUGCAGAGAUCCUCUCCUCCGUCCUCAUCGGAUUACAGCUUGUCCCUGGGAAGCAUUAUCGGACAUGACCCUACUGAGUACGACAUCACCGUCGACGUGCAGGUCCGUCCAGAUGGCCUCCAGAUCACAGUGGAAACAUGGAGUACUCGAAUGUCGGAUGGCCAGCUGGCCAGCGUUGCAGGCACUCUCGCACAGGCAGUCAAUUCUAUUCUCGGCAACAGCCAGGGGUCAGUCCAAGAUAUAGAAUUAUUCAGCAAACACGACUGGGCACAGGUGCUCGCAUGGAAUGGUGUCUAUCCAGAGCCCGUGAACGCAUGUAUCCAUACUCUCAUCGCGGAGAGAGCGAGAGCAAACCCAGCAGCGACAGCCGUAUGUGCCUGGGAUUAUGGCGACCUUUCCUACUCCCAGCUGGAUGAGCUGUCCGAACAUCUCGCCCUCCAUCUCAUCAGGCUCGGAGUUGGGCCAGAGGUAAUUGUUCCGUUCUGUUUCUCCAAGUCAGUCUGGGCCAUUGUGACUAUUGUCGCCAUUUUGAAGGCCGGGGGUGCCUGCACUGCCUUGGAUCCCGAAUACCCCCAGGCACGGUUGGAAGCCUUAAUCGAAGAAACAAGGGCCAGGGUGGCUGUAGUCUCGCCGUCGCACGCGCACUUGCUUGAAGGAAGAGUGCCUCAUCUGGUCGUUGUCGAUCAGGAUUCUGUAUCGCAGAUGGACCACACGGCUGGAUCGCGCAUUGCACCAUCCACCGUGGAACCAAACAACACGGCUUUUGUCGUUUUCACAUCUGGCUCUACCGGUGUGCCAAAGGGGGUGUUGCUGGAGCAUCGCGGCUUCGCCACGAGUUUCCGAGCCGGGGCAAUCCGCAUGGGAAUAGAUUCCUCGACCAGAUCUUAUCAAUUCUCGAAUUUCACCUUUGAUCUUUCAAUCGAAGACAUCAUCUCUCCCCUGAUCGCUGGCGGCACCGUAUGCGUACCAUCGGAGUCGGACCGCGUCAAUAACCUGGCCGACUCCAUCCGGGGUCUGAAUGCUAACUGGGCAAACUUGACGCCUUCGGUUGCAGCUCUGUUGAACCCCAAAGAUGUCCCCUCUCUCCAGACCCUUGUUCUCGGGGGGGAGGCCCUCCGGCAGGAUAUCGUGGAUAAAUGGGCCAGGCAUCUCGUUCUUCUGAACGGCUAUGGUCCGUCCGAGAGCUCGGUAACAUGCGCCAUCAGCCGCCCUCUUGAGAAGGGCGCAGAUCCUAAGAACGUCGGCCGUGGAAGUGCAUGCCACUUAUGGGUGACUGACGCUGUUGACAACGGCCGACUCGCACCGAUUGGCGCCGUGGGCGAAUUGCUCAUUGAAGGGCCGACGCUGGCCCGUGGAUAUCUGAAUGACGCUGCGAAGACCACUGCAUCAUUUAUCGAGGACCCAUCCUGGGUUGGUAGAUUCGAGCCGCAGGGGAACACGCCCCGUCGGAUGUACAGAACGGGGGACUUGGUCCGGUAUGCUGCUGAUGGUACGCUCAUUUUUGUUGGGCGCAAGGAUACCCAGAUUAAGCUUCAUGGACAACGAAUCGAACUGGGCGAAAUUGAAUCCCACAUAUGCUCCAGCGAUGCGGUCGAAGAAGCAGUGGUCAUCUUCCCCAAGAGUGGCGUGUGCAACGGCCAUCUUAUUGCGGUGUUGACCUUCCAUGGAACUGAAUCCUUGACCGAAAGCAGCAAUACCGUUUCUCUCAUCGGGGAUGAGUACAGAGCCUUUGCAGCAGAGAGGCUGGCGACAGUGCAGGAAGAUCUAUCUGCGCGCCUCCCGCGACACAUGCGCCCGUCAAGAUGGGCUGUAGUUUCAUCUCUGCCAAAGCUGCCUUCUACAAAGAUAGACCGAAAGGCCAUACAGACCUGGGUUACCGGGAUGAGCCCGGAGGUCUACCAGCAGAUCGAAAACUUCCUUGGUGAAACAUCCGUCCAGGAGCCGUCCACCGCUAUGGAAAGCAAAUUCCAGGCUAUCUGCAGCGAGGUUUUGAAUAGACCGGUGAAAGAGAUUGGGCUGCAUAAGUCGUUCUUGCAAGCAGGAGGAGACUCCAUCAGCGCCAUGGCACUUGUUGCGCGUUGUCGCAAGGAGGGCAUCGCGGUUGGCAUUCAGGACCUUCUUCGCAACAGAAGCCUUGCACAGGUGGCAUCGAAGUCCCAAAUAGCCGAGGAGAGCAAAGCAGGAGUUGAUGCGGUUACAGAUGAGCCAUUUGAUCUCUCUCCGAUGCAACGCAUGCAUUUUGCCGUUGUGCCUGACGGGUUCAACCACUACAACCAGAGCUUCCAGGUUGCACUGACACGCAGGGUGGACGUAUCGGCCCUGCAGGAUGCUCUGCAUCAUCUCGUGAGAAAGCAUGCAAUGCUGAGGGCGCGCUUCAUCAACUCUUCCAAUGGGUGGAUGCAGAAAAUUCUCGGAGCCGUUGACGAUACCUAUCGGUUCCGCGUGCAGGACGUGGAGACUGCGCAGGAGAUGGCAGCCAUCACACAGGAGAGGCAGAAAAGCUUGGAUAUCGUCAAGGGCCCGGUGUUCUCAGUCGAUCUAUUCAAUAUCGACAACGCCGAGCAGCAGCUAUUCCUUGUGACACAUCAUACCGUGAUCGAUCUCAUUUCCUGGAGGAUCGUUCUUCAAGAUCUCGAGGAUCUCCUAACCCCUGGCGCUCUUCCAACACCGUCAUCCCUGUCUUUCCAGGCCUGGUGCCGAUUGCAGGAUGAGUAUAUCUCCAAGGAACGCCGUCCGGAACGGUUCCUACCAUUCCCGGUGGCCGCCUCCGAUUUGGACUUCUGGGGAAUGCAAGACACUCCAAACACCGUGGGCGAUACGAGACAUCUCUCCUUCACUGCCACCCCCGAACUCACAAAGAUGCUGUUGGGAGAGGGGUGCCAUCGGGCUCUUCAUACGGAGCCGGUCGAUGUUAUGCUAUCUGCGAUCAGCCACUCGUUCCUGCAAGUUUUCCGACGGUCAGUGCCGGCCAUUUACACCGAAGGGCACGGCAGAGAGCCAUGGGAUGCCGGCAUCGAUCUCUCGAAUACAGUCGGAUGGUUCACGACCAUGUGCCCCUUACAGACCAACACCAACGAGGCCAGCGGCCUGAUCGAAGUCCUGCGGCAGAUCAAGGAUGUCCGCCGUCGGAUUCCCCAGAAGGGCUGGGGUUACUUUGCACACCGUUUCAGGAAAGGCACCGAGGACCAAGUGGCUGUGAUGGAGAUGAACUUCAACUACACCGGCUUGUAUCAGCAGCUCCACCGUGCCGGCUCCUUGUUCCGGCCGGUUCAACGGCUGAGCAUGGAUGAUACGGGCAGAAACAUGCCUCGAGAUUCUAUCUUCGACAUCUUAGUGACGCCGGGUGGUCCAGAUAGUUUGGACUUCCACUUCACCUUCCCGCGAGCGACACGCCACCAAGAGAAGAUUCAGCUCUGGGUUGAGCAAUGUGCGGUAUCUCUCAAAGCAACCCUGCAGCAGCUGGAGCGCCUGGAAGCCGAAAAGACACUGAGUGACUUUCCCCUUCUUCCCUUGAGCAGCUACGAGGAUCUGGACACGCUGAUCCGGGAUCGGCUGCCCCAGGUAGGAAUCGAGGAUAUUGCCCAGGUCGAAGACAUAUACCCUCUUUCGCCGGUGCAGCAGGGUAUCCUCCUCAGUCAGAUCAAGUCUCCGGGAUAUUACGAGACGUUUGCGGUCUUCGAAGUUAAGGGCCCGGAAGACAUCAGCACCCGGCAGCUGUCUCUCGCGUGGCAACGCACAGUUGACCGUCAUCCCUGUCUGCGGACGGUUUUCGUCGAGAGUAUUGCAGAGAGCAGCCCAUACUACCAGGCGGUUCUGAAGCAAAUCCCGGCCCAUAUCCGGUUCGUGAACGCCGACGAUACUCCAGACUUGGUGGCCACGUUCAAGCAGCCCUCGGCCACGAACGAAGAAACCCCAAAGCCGGUCCAAGUGGCUCGAGGUGAACAUAGCCUCACCAUUUACUCGACCCCGCAAGGUCGAACGUUUGUCAGGUUAGAGAUCAGCCAUGCGUUGACCGAUGGCACUGCGAUGGGCAUCAUUCUUCGAGACUUCUGCUCUGCCUAUGAGGGCAAGUUGCCGCCAUUGACCAAGCCGCUGUACAGCGCGUAUAUUGCUUACCUCCAGAGCCAGUCCACGGAGGACAGCCUCGCAUACUGGACGUCCCGCCUCGCCAAUACAGAACCUUGCCUCUUCCCGAAGCUGCAGGACAGCCAAGAUGGCGGGGAUCUACGUACGGUCGACGUGCCGAUCCCAGCGAGCUUUGCUGAAAUGCUCACGUACUGUUCGGACAUGGGUGUGGCUCUAUCCAACCUCUUCCAGGUAGCAUGGGCCUUGGUUCUUCGAGCGUACACGGGCUCCCACAAUGUUAACUUUGGAUACUUGACAUCAGGACGAGAUGUCCCGGUGGCGGAGGUGGAAGACAUCGUCGGUGUCUUCAUUAAUAUGCUUGUUUGCAGUAUAGAACUUGCACCGUCGAGUUCCGUGCAGUCUGCAUUGGAGACCGUCCAGACAGACUUCAUGCAAGGUCUUCCGCACCAGCAUAUUUCGUUGGCUCAGAUUCAGCACGCCUUGGGCAUACAAGGGUCACUAUUCAACACGAUUAUGUCCAUCCAGCGAAGAGCCCCUCCUGCCACAAAUCCCUCCUUGGUAAUGGAAGAAGUAACCGGCGCGGAUCCUACCGAAUAUGAUAUUACGGUCAACGUUACUAUCUACGAGGACCGGGUUGUCGCUAAUCUCGCCUAUCGAACCCUGCUCCUGUCGCCGGCGCAAGCUGUCAACGUUGCAUCGGCCUUUGGCCAAGCGCUGGGAGCCAUUGUGGACCGGAGCCCGAGCACGAGUGUACGGAACAUUUCUCUCUUCAGCGAGUAUCAUCGUCAAACGGCUCUCCGCUGGAACCCGGUGCUCCCAGAAGCAUUGGAUGAAUGUGUCCACCACCUGGUCACGGAAAGGGUCCGUCAGCAGCCGGACAGUAUUGCCCUGCGGUCGUGGGAUCUCAACGGCGACCUCACAUAUGAAGCUCUGGACAAUCUCGCUUCCCGUCUAGCCUGUCGUCUGGUGCAGCUUGGUGUCCUUCCCGGGACAUUGGUUCCGCUGUGCUUUGAAAAGUCCGCCUGGGCUGUCAUUGCUAUGCUCGCCGUCAUGAAAGCCGGAGGCGCAUACGUGGCUAUUGCACCGCUUCAUGCUGCAGACUGGAAAGCGCGUAUUAUAUCUGCUACAUCGGCAAGGCUCGUACUCGCCGGACAGAACCAGAGCAGCAUGUUUGAUAGUAUGGUCGAAACGGUUUUGACCGUCUCCCCCGAGACCAUACAGCAGUUCGACACUGUAUCCAGCGUCCCAUGCAUCGGGGUUCGAUCAUCCCAUCCGGUCAGCCUGGUCUUCACCAGUGGCACCACGGGAACUCCAAAGGGCAUUGUUGUCGAACACAGUGCGUUUGUCACCAGCUCCAAAGCGCACGCAAAGGCACUCGGCGUGAACAAGGACUCGGUCGUCGGCCAGUUCUCGAGCUUUGUCUUCGAUGUCAGCAUCUCCGAAAUCUGGAUGACACUGAUGCACGGUGGGACGGUAUGCAUGCCCUCUGAGGAGGAGAGAAUGGGCGAUCUGGCUGGUUUCAUCAAUCGCAACCAUGUGAACUGGAUAUGCCUGACGCCCACCGUUGCAACGGUUCUGACGCCCGAGAGCGUCCCGAUGCUCAAGACCCUGGUCCUGACCGGCGAGCGUGCGACAUCUCAUAACUACCAAGUUUGGGCGGAACGGUUGGCCUUGUUCAAUGCGUAUGGCCCUGCGGAGUGCGGUGUUUGGGCCUCGAUCAACCGCGUCCGAUCACCAGCCACAGAUGCAUCAUCUAUAGGCAAACGGACACACGCAUCCCUGCUCUGGGUCGUUGAUCCUCAUGAGCCCUCGAAGCUGGUGCCCCUUGGUGCCGUGGGAGAGCUUGUCAUCGAGGGUCCGCUGGUGUCCCGGGGUUACUUGAACGACAGAGAGAAAUCCAGGGCCGUCUUCCUCGAGGACCCUGCAUGGACGGAGGCUCUCCGUCCGUCUUCCUGCUCGACCAACCCGUCUACCGCUGCCAGACGGAUGUACCGAACGGGGGAUCUGGUCCGGUCCAACGCAGAUGGAUCAAUCACCCUGAUCGGCCGUAUUGGUGGCGACACCCAAGUCAAGCUCCGUGGCCAGAGAAUAGAGCUCGGUGAGAUCGAGCAGCAGAUUCGAUCCAACCUACCUCACAUCCGAAAUGUGAUCGUCGAACAAGUGUCGGUGCAGGGCGAACCGACGGUCAAGACGCUCGUUGCUUUUAUAUCUCUACCAGACGGUGUCGGAUCGGCGAACAAGGCCACCGCAAACAACCUCAUGCGCGUCUCGCCUGACCUGAAGUCCAGCUUCUUGCAGUUGGCAUCCUCGCUGGCCAAGUCUCUUGCAUCGUACAUGGUCCCGUCAAUGUAUCUUCCGGUCAUCCGGAUCCCGACAUCUCUUUCUGGGAAGGUGGACAGGAAGCAACUCCGCGCGUUGACGGAUGGAUUUACGCCAGCCCAGGUCGCCCACUAUUCCCUCGCCGAGGAGGUGAAACAAGGGCCGACUACGGAGAUGGAAAGAAAGCUGCAGGUACUCUGGGCGAAGGUCCUCCAGGUUCCCGUUUCUUCCAUCGGGGCAAACGACCACUUCUUCCGCCUGGGUGCCAAUUCCAUCAGCGCCAUGCGUCUUGUCCCAAUGGCUCGCGAAGCAGGCAUUCUGCUGACGAUCAAGCACAUCUUCCAGCACCCGCAGCUGGAUGAACUGGCGAAGGCGGCAACCUUUGCGGAGAAGCCAGUUACCACCGAUCUCAGGCCGUUCACACUGAUCAAGGGGACCGAUGGUGUGAAGGAGCUGCUGCCACUGCUCGAAUCUCAGUACCGCAUCGCAAGGGAGACCGUUCAGGAUGCCUUCCCCACGAGCCCACUCCAGGAAGGAUUGUUUUCCUUGUCUGUCAGACACCGCGGCACCUACGUUGCCCAGAAUGUCUUCCGGCUCCCCCCCGGCCUUGAUUUGAAUCGAUUCCGUCAGGCAUGGCAAAUCGUGGCGGACCGAAACUCCAUCUUGCGGUCACGCAUCGUUCACACCCGGCGCUGGGGAUCACUGUCGGUCGUCCUCCAAGAGGACCUGGCCUGGGGCACUGCCAGCUCGCUCGAACAGUAUCUAUCCGAGGACCGCGAGGUGCCCGUAGAGCACGGGAAGCCCCUGGCUCGGUAUGCUAUCGUCGAUGGCCGAUUUUUCGUCUGGACCAUUGCCCACUCCUUGUACGACGGCUGGAGUAAAUUCCUGAUCAUGGAACAAGUGCAACAUGUCUAUCAAGGAGUCAGUCUGGGCGCUCCGCCACCCUCGUUCAGCAACUUUGUGCAGUAUCUUACAGAGACGACUUCGGACGAGGCCAGGGGCUUUUGGAUGUCACAGUUGCCCGAGGACGCUGUUUCCGGCUUCCUUCCACUGCCCACACCCUCGCAUCAACCUAUCUCUGAUGGACAGAUCAAGCACGACCUCCCCUUCACGCGGUCCCCCCAAUCGGAUUUCAAGACGUCGACGAUGAUUCGAGCCGCCUGGGCGAUCGUCCUCGCCCGCUACUGCAACUCGGAAUCCGUUGUCUUUGGCGCGACUCUCACAGGACGGAAUGCCGAUGUGCCGGGCAUUGCGGACAUGACGGGGCCUACCAUCACCACCGUGCCCAUCGGAGCCACGGUUCAACGUGACCACACAGUCUCCCGGUUUCUGGGGGAGCUGUAUGAUCAGGAGAUCGCCAUGAUCCCCUUCGAGCACACGGGCCUGCAGAACAUUAAGCGAUUUAGCUCUGCCUGUGCCAGCGCAUGCGAGUUCCAAAGUCUGUUGAUUGUGCACGUCAAUGACCGAGGCGAUCCCAACACGCAGGAAGUCGAUUCGGAAUUCUGGCAGAUGGCAGAGGGCGAAGGAACGGAUACGAGCUUCUUGACCUAUCCGCUAGCUCUCGAGUGCUCUGUCGGCGCGGGCAAAGUCACCGUCGAGAUGCAGUAUGACCGGCAGAUGCUCCCGAAGGAACAGGCCCAACGAAUCCUCUACCAAUUCCAGCAUGUUCUGCUCCAGGUGAACGCUGCGUCAGACAGUCUGAAGCUGGCCGAAGUCGAAGUGUUCACCGAACAAGACAAGGCAGAGAUAUUGGCUUGGAACAAGCCCGACGGCCUCGGCAGGGAUUACGAGAAAUGCGUCCACAACGUCGUCGAGAGGGUCGUUGCCAGAAACCCUCAGGCGCCGGCUGUCCGCUCCUGGGAUGAAAACCUCACUUACGGAGAACUGGACCACCGGGCAACUCAACUAGCCAGGCACCUCCAGAGGAUCGGCGUUGGUCCCGAAGUCCUCGUCCCCGUGUGCUUCUCCAAGUCGGCAUGGGCUGUAGUCGCACAGCUGGCAGUCCUCAAAGCCGGUGGCGCUGUGUACGCCAUUGAUCCCUCGUUCCCAUUGACUCGUAUUGCCGGGAUCAUCAGCGAUGCGAAAUCCACCGUUCUCCUUGCGGGCACGUCUCAUAUCAAGUCCUUGACUGGUAUUGUGCCCACGAUCAUCGGUGUCGACACAUCUCUAUUCGCAUCUCUGCCCGCUGCAGAUGCACCACUGGCAGCGGCGGUUCGGCCACACAACACAGCAUUUGUAGUGUUUACCAGCGGCUCAACAGGAACGCCCAAGGGCAUUCUUCUUCCCCAUUCAGCGAUAUGCGAGAGUCUGCGCUCCCACGGCGAAGUGUACCGAGUGAGCCCCGAGUCGCGUGUCAUCCAGUUUGCCUCAUUUACGUUUGACAUCUCCAUUCAUGACAUCUUCACGACACUGACGCACGGUGGCAUGAUCUGCAUGCCGUCCGAUCAUGACCGCAUGAACGAUCUGACGGGAGUCAUGAACAGGAUGGCCGUCAAUCACGCCUGCCUGACACCGACGGUUUCAAUGCUCCUGAAUGACGUGCCGUCCUUGAAGACCCUGGCCCUGGUCGGCGAGGUUACUACCCCAGAGGCCAUCGACAAGUGGGUGGACCGCACGAAGCUGUUUGCGAUGUAUGGCCCGGCCGAAACUUCCAUCUACUGUGCCUAUCACCAUGUCACCGAGAGAUCAAACAACCAUACCAACUUCGGCCGUGCGAUCGGAAGCAACAUGUGGAUCGUCGAGCCCAACGACCAUGAUAAAUUGGCCCCGGUUGGCUGCGUGGGAGAGGUUGUCAUCCAAGGCCCGUUGCUCGCCAAGGGAUAUCUGAACAACCCGGAAAAGACUGCGGAAGUGUUCAUCGAGAACCCUGCUUGGCUGAGCACCGACUACUGCCCGCCGGGCUGGAGUACACGGAUAUACAAGUCGGGAGAUCUGGCCAAGUACAACUCUGAUGGCACGAUGAGCUUCUUCAAGCGGAAGGAUACACAGGUCAAGGUCCGCGGACAACGAGUGGAACUAGGAGAUAUCGAGCAUCACUUCUUGCAGCGCGCCCCAGGCUCAUGGCGGGUGGUCGUCGACUUGAUCGCUCCUCCUGGCCACGAACGAGAUCCGAUUCUGGCCGCCUUCUUCUGCAUUCAGAACCAGGAAUCGCGGGCCAUCUCGGAAACAAACGUGGUGUCCAUGAGCGACGAAGUGCGGUCCAUCCUGCUCAAGGUGAAGAACGGGAUGCAGGAAGCGCUGCCCUCCUACAUGCUGCCGGGAACCUUCAUCCUCAUCAGCGCUAUCCCCAUGACGCUUUCCACCAAGCUCGAUCGGCGGAGGCUGCGUCAACUGGGCGCCAAGCUGACUUUGGACCAGCUGACAUCCUACUCUCUGCGCGAGGCCACACCACGGGCACCCUCGACGGACAGGGAACGGGUCCUUCAGAAGCUCUGGUCCGAGGUCCUGAAUAUCCCCACGGGCCGAAUUGGCGCCAACGAUCACUUCCUGCGGCUCGGAGGAGACAGCAUCAUCGCGAUUAGGCUCGCUGGUGCGGCCAGGGAUCGCGGUAUUCACCUUCCCGUUUCGAAUAUUUUCCGCCAUCCCAGACUGUCGGACAUGAGUCGAGUCGCGACGGAGCUGGUUGCGUCGAGUAAGCCCGAUGUAUCGGCCGUGGUGGCUUCCGUCAGCGAAGACAUGCGGAAUGCCAUUGAGUCUCAGACGUCCAUAUCCUCGGCGAUGGUUGAAGAUGUGGUGGAGGCCAGUGACUACCAGUCCUGGGCCAUGGCAGCCGGCCAUUUGAAGCAGCGUGGAUAUCUAAACUAUUUCAGUUUCCGGUUCGACGGUCCCAUUGAUCCUGUGCAAUUGGAGCAGGCGUGCCAGACCCUCGUUGCCCAUCACCCGGUCCUACGAACGGUGUUUGUCGUCCAUCGCCGGCAGACCUUCCAGGUCAUUCUCAAGCGCCUCCCGCUCGAAUUCAAGCAGCACGACUGCGAUCCGGAGGAAUACGACAACGCGGACUUUGACUCCGGCACAUCUCGGGCGUUGAUUGAGCAGGACAUGGCGCGCGAGAUGGACCUGGGCAUGCCGAUUAUGCGGUUCAAGCUGUUGAGAUACGGUGAAGAUCAGCAUCGGCUGGUCAUGCGCAUCUCUCACGCCCAGUACGAUGGCAUCGCCAUGCCAACCCUAAUGCGCGAUCUGGAAGCAGCGUAUCUAAAUGCGCCUCUCUCCGCACCAGCACCGUUUCCCUUCUUUGUGCGUCAUACCCAAGCCGCCAAUGCUGCUGAAAGUGAGGCCUUCUGGCGUGACCUCCUGCAGGGAUCCCAGAUGACGAAGGUGCUGGACCGACCAAGGCCAUCUUACCGGAACCCGGUCAACAACGCGGUCUCGAUCACGGUUCGCUCAUCGUCACUCAGCGCACAUGGGAUUACAUUCGCGACUGUCUUCAAGGCAGCGUGGGCCCUGACUCUGUCCCGUCUGUCAAACAAUCGGGACGUCACCUUUGGCCAUGUGAUCUCGGGUCGCAACGACACUUCCAUUCCGCAAGUGCAGAACAUCGUCGGUCCCUGCGUCAACAUCAUCCCAGUUCGUGUCCAGUUCCCCGAUGCAUGGGAUUGGAGCGGCAUGGACCUCUUGAGCCACGUCCAGAACCAACAGCUAUCUGCCAUCCCGCACGAAAAUUACGGUUUCCGCCGCAUCAUCGAGAACUGCACGUCCUGGCCCAAGUGGGAACGGUACAGUUCGGUCAUACAACACCAGAAUCUCGACGAUGAGGUGGAGGAACUCUCCUUCGGCGAUUCCUCCUGCUCCAUCGAAUGGUUCGCCCCACCGCAUGACCUUGCCGACCUGUGGAUUUGGUCUUUCCCGGCUGGAAGAAACUACUACCGCCUUGAGCUGACGUACAGCGACAACGCCAUGUCGGUGGAUGUGGCAGACGCCUUAUUGCGAGCAUUGGGCGACACGGUGGAGAAACUGUCAAAGAGCCUACGUGCGAAGGUUUCCUCGCUCACCAACGAUAGAUGUUCGAUUAGUCUGCCGAUGGCCAAUCCUACUGACACCGGCUUGCCGUCGGCUGGGGCUGUGGCCGACGAUGAUGAGUCGAAUAGCGUCGUUAAAGAGGUUUGGAGCACCGCGUUCCCUGAAUUUUCCAGUCAAUCUGAGUCUAUGGACACUCCGUACUACGAGAUCUGGGGUGAUCCGAUGGCUCCGGUGCAGAUCGCAUCCUUGUUCAACCGGCAUGGUGUCAAUUUGACAAUGGAUGAUAUUGUUGAGAACCCAACGAAGCGCCUACAGGUGCAGCUUCUUGGUGAUAAGGUGUAAGGAGGUAGUGAUGCCUUUUGUUUUUGCUAUUUCAUGUGUACUGGAGAGGGAAAGAAGCUUGAGUGGGUUUAGAAAUGGCGUUAGGAGUUAAUCAUUUAGUUUCGAUCAUGAUUAUACAUAUCCAUGAGAUAGUAAAGCUUUAUAUAGACAAUCUAUCUUGUCCAACUUCGAACCUGGCUCCUCAGACAGCAAAUCUUUGACUUCUACCAGGACGCUCUACAUGGAAAAC